CUAGCGAUACCGCUUAUUUGAUCGCUGGUCGUCGCCCGCGGCCACUGUGUGAACAAUCCACUCACAUCGACCGGCACGCGUUGUUUUGUUUACGUGCGAGCGCAUGUUCUUAUUUGUGCGGCAUUUUAAUUAAUUACGUCCUCACUGUAACCGACCUUUUAGUUCAAACUACAAUCGUGUACGAUGUCAGUUUUUUUGUAUUUAAUUAUAAUUAUAGUGUGUUUAUUGCUUCUCUUGACGCUUUUUCAUUACACCUCCAACGGAAGAAAGUAUUGGCUAUUGAGGAACGUUCCUUACAGAGAACCAUGCCCAAUAUUUGGAAAUUUUGGCGCAACGCUUACGAUGAGAAGGAGUUACACGAGUAUGUUGGAAUAUUUUUAUGAAACCUAUAAGAAUGAGAAAUUUGUUGGCAUAUUCCAAGCUCGACGACCGACUCUGUGUUUACUAGACAUGGAUAUUGUGAAAAGUGUUUUAUCCACAGAUUUUCAUAGCUUUAGUGAUCGAAUAUCAGUUUCUACAGAUACGAAAAGAGAGCCUCUGCUUCGAAAUUUGGCAAACAUGAGCGGUGCAGAAUGGAAAGCGAUGCGGCACAUAGUUACACCGACGUUUUCCUCAGCAAAAAUGAAAGCCAUGUUCCCUUUAAUUGUAGAAUGUGCUCUUGGAUUUAAAUCUGCGCUAGAAUUAGAAUCGUUGGAUGAAGUCAAUGUUCCUCAAUUCAUGACUCGAUUUACUACAGAUGUUAUCGGCAGUUGUGCUUUCGGAGUGGACCCAGGAUCUAUGAAAAACCCUGAUUCACCAUUUUUAAUUAUGUCACAAAAAAUGUUUAAAACAGAUCGAUCGACUAUCUUAAAACGAUAUUGCCGGACAUUUUUUCCUCGGUUAUUCAAAUUUCUGAACCUUAGAACUUAUUCAAUGGAAGUCGAAGUCUUCUUUACAAAUAUAAUAAGCCAAGUGUUGACAACGCGACGCACUACGGGAGUACAAAGAAACGAUUUUUUGCAGCUCAUGUUGAACGUACAAAAAACUGAGAAAGAAUUCUCCAUGACGGAUGAGUUGAUAACGUCGAACUCCUUUAUUUUCAUGUUGGCUGGGUUAGAAACAUCUGCGACUACGUUGUCUUUUUGUUUGUACGAACUUGCUAAAGAUUUUGAUCUGCAAAAUAAAUUAAGGUCAGAAAUAAAGGAAUGCUUGGAACGCCAUAACGGGUUUAACUAUGAAGCUGUUUGCGCAAUGCACCUCGUCUCGCAAACUGUUUUGGAGACACUAAGAUUGCAUCCUCCGACACCGCUAACCACAAGACUAUGUACUUCGCCAUGCACUCUCACUGGAACUGACCUACAACUUAAGAAAAGAGAUGCUGUCCUGAUACCGAUAUACUGCUUACAAAGGGAUCCAAGAUACUUCUCUGAUCCAAAUAAGUUCAAUCCAGAACGUUUCAGUGAUGAUGCUAAUCCACAAGCGUUCUUAGCAUUUGGCGACGGACCUAGAAGUUGCCCAGGCGCUCGAUUCGGCCAGUUGACUGUCAUGGCUGGUCUGACGGGGAUUCUUAGCAAUUUUAUAGUGGAACCUUGCUCUAAGACAACAUCGACUAUUCAGUAUGACCCUCGCAGUGUCAUGUUGAAAAAUAAAGGAGGAAUAUGGCUACGGUUUAAACCACUAUAAUAUGAGUUGCCAGUAAUGAAUUGAACACGUUUGUCAUAAAAGUGAAGUCCCAUGUCCCCUAGUGGGCUAAGGGGCAGAUGCAUUAUACAUCUGUUUCACUGAUCGAUUUUCUUUAGGGACAAGUAGGUGAUCAGCCUUCUGUGUCCUGCCAGACCGAGACAUUUUUUUUUCUUCGUCUCCACCGGGAAUCGAACCGAGGAACCCUCGGUGUUACGCUCACGCGUCAACCACUGUACCAGGGAGGCGGUCACACGUUUGUCAUACCAUACUGUUUUUCUCACCAAACAGUAUUGUUACCUUAAGCCAGUAUUUCCUAUUAAAAUAUUUAUAAUGUAUUUAAAUAUUAUACGAAAAAAUAAACAAAUGUAAAUAAAUAAUGUAAGCAUCUUAUCUCAUAUGUUGAUAUGUGCGACUUACAAUUAUUCAGGUUUUAAACAACUUGAUAAUUGCAUUUUAUUGUACUUAUUUUCAAAUAAGGAUUGAUAUUGUAAUAUAAAAAAAUUUAAAAACAUCACAGCCAACAAAUCCUACUUGUAUAUAAAAAAAAUAUAUUUUUAAUAUACGUUUCCUAUGACUGAUAUUAUUUUAGUGUUAAGAAUUGUGUAAAUUAUUUUAAAACUUAUUAAUUAGUUUAUAGCCUUUAAUCACUACGAUUAAGCAUUUAUUUAAUCCCUAAUUUAUUCUUCAGAUAAAAUAGAUGUUUAUAUUGGAAUAAACAAAAUAUCUUCUA